AUGAAAUUAACACAAAAAACACUUUUUCAAUGUUUCGAAAAAUCUCGACCACAAUCACCGUUACUUAAAUCUUCACAAGAUUCUCCUCCAUGUGAAUCUCAAACAAAGAUCUCUUCUGAACAACAACAAUCUUCUGUUCGUCAACCAGAUUUUCUUCUACCUAUACAUAUACGACAAUCAAAUGAUUCAUUAUCUAAUACUAAUAUCCCUUUACUUAAUGAAAGGAAAUACAAUGAUGAUAAAUUUUUGUAUUCUAGUCAAGAAUUUUAUCGUAUAUGUCCAACAGUUAUUAAUAAUCAAAUUCAAUUACCAAAAAUCGAGUUUACUAAAAUAUCUUCCAUCGAACGUCAAAUGGAAUUAUUUGAACAGUAUACUAAAGAUGAAACAUUUAUUGAUUGGAAAUCAAUGUUUCAAUGUUUACAAAAUUAUCAAAAAAAAACCAUUGAACAAAAUCAAUAUGAACAAUUACUUUGGACUGAUAUGUAUCGUCCGAAAAAUUCUAAAACCUAUCUUGGUAAUCAUACCAGACAAGUAAAACGUUUAAAUGAAUGGUUUUCAUAUUGGACAGAAAAAUUACAAAAUGAACAACCUAAGAAAUCUAUUGGGAAAAAGAGAAAACGCGCUCGAAAUGAUGAUGAUAAUGAAGAUUCCAGUGAAGAUUUUGAUGAUAACUCAAAUAUGUCCUAUGGUAGUUAUUAUCAUUCUAAACCAGAACAUCCACAAUUGAUUUUUAUUCAUGGUUGUGGAACAACAUCACUUGUACAUGCACUUGCGGAAGAAUAUAAUUUUAAAAUAACAGAAAUCAAUGGAUCUCAAUCGCGUGCACGUGCACCUUUACUCAAACAACUUGAGCAAGUAACAAGUCAUCAUCAUCUAUCUUUUAAACGUACUCCAUCAGAUACGAUAAUAUCGCAAGAAAAACCAAAUAAAGAGAUAUCAUCUCCAUUACCUGUAAAGAAAAAAGUGAAAAAUGAAACGAGUUUAAUUGCAUCAUAUUUUAAACAAAUAAAAAAAUCAUCGGAACAAAACAAUGAUGAUGAACAAAAAGAAAAUGAUUCUAAUCAUCGAACAAAAUCAAUGAAUUCAAAUAAAAUCGAAAUAAAAAAAUUAAUAAAUAAAACAAAUAUUCCAAAACGACGAAGUAAAACAAAACAAGAAGAUUUACCAAUAGAUAAUCAUUUUAUAUCAUCAAUUCAAGUUGAAAAAACAUCGCUUAUUCUUUUCGAUGAAAUUGAAACAUUAACAACAGAUGAUAAUUUUUGGUCAUGUUUAAAAAAAUUACUUGAAACAGCUAGAAAACCGAUUGUCCUUACAUCAAAUAGUAGAACAAAUCCGGAAGAUGCAAUUAUUAAUUUAUCAAAAAUUGGACAUUAUGAACUUAUUCAUCUUGAACAAAAUGAACCUGAAGUUAUUUGCUUUUUUCUUCGUUUAAUACUUUUGAUUGAAAUGUUCGAAGUACCUUCAUUGAAUGAUCUUAUGUUACUUGUUCAAUCAUGUUCAUAUGAUUUACGUCAAAUUUUAUUAACACUUCAAUUCCUUGUUCAAUCAUCAGAUAAAACAAAUAAUUCAAUAGAAGAGACGGAUCCAAAAAUUUCGAAACCAAAAUGGCAAUCAUCGCGUAUAUUCGAUGCUAUGCAUUAUUCAUAUCUUAAUGAACAAUGGAAUGAGCCACCAUUGAAAGUAUUUUUUGAUGAUUUAACAAGAAAAUUUACAUCAGAAUAUGAACGUUCUCAUCAAUUAUUAUCUGAUCCGAUUAAAAACGAUACAAAACGAAUUGAAUUGUAUGAUACAUUCAAAUUAUUUAUGCAAGAACAAGAAAUUCCUAAUAUUAUUGAUCAUUCAACAUUUUAUCUUGAUUAUCGACCGUAUAUUCGACAAAUUUGUCAAAAUGAAAAAAUUCGCGCAGAUGAAUUAAACUCAAAUCGACGUCUUCGACAUAAUCUUAGUUUUCGUGGUUGUUCAUUACAAUGGCCUGAUUUUGAAAUUUUAUCAGCCGGUAUUGAUUAA